AUGUCUGGGACGGAGGCGCUGGACCCAGGGCAACCCAAAUGCACAGGGGACAUCCCCUCCCUUAAAGAAAUUGAGCAGCUCCUGAACACCGGGCAGCCCUCUUGCAACCACGUUGAUGAAGUAUGGCCUAAUCUCUUCUUAGGAGACCUAGUAACAGCUCACAACAGAUUUGUUUUGUGGAAGAUGGGUGUGACCCAUGUUUUAAAUGCUGCUCAUGGCACAGCGUACAGCCAAGGAGGCCCGGACUUUUACGGAGCGACCAUUGAUUAUUAUGGUGUACCAGCCCAUGACCUCCCAAGCUUUGAUAUAAGCCAGUUCUUUUUCUCUGCAGCGCAAUUUAUCCACAAUGCCUUGAACACACCAGGAGCUAAAAUUUUGGUACACUGUGCAGUUGGAGUAAGCAGGUCAGCUUCCCUUGUCCUAGCAUAUCUCAUGAUAAAUCAUCACCUGCCAUUGGUUGAGGCCAUCAAAACCGUGAAGGAACACCGAUGGAUUUCACCCAAUCGUGGCUUUCUGAAACACCUACGAAAUUUGGAUGUUCAGCUACGACAAAAGAAGGACUGCUGA